AUGCCACUGCAGCUAAGAAUAUACUGUGUGAAUACUGACACUGUCUACUUUCUUCUCACCAUUACAGCGAACGACGUGGUCGCCAACUGGUACCAGGAGGCAUCUCGAUUCAAGUACGGACGCGAGCCCGUCAGCAUACAGGGGAUUGCUCACAAGCUCGCAGUAAUUCCUGUGGCUGCCAAUAUUUGUAGUCUCUUCCUCCUUCUUUUUGGUGGUCCUCUCACAAGUCCACCAUUUUUUGUUUUUGGUGGUGGUGGUGGUGUGCAGGAGGGCGGAAUGAGGAGGCAGAAGGCGGCACAGCAGAAGAGAACCUGUCGAAUCCACGCCUGUGGGGUUGCCCUCCUCCGCUACCACGGUGUUCCAACUCAUUUUUCACCUCCCGUUCACGAGGCACAUUUUCUCACAAAAAACUAUGAUGCACUACAACGUUGUCUUAGCUUCACCGAUUUCACAGUCAAGGCAGCAGUGAGUAGCACUGACAGGCACUGA